GGGGGACAAAGCUGUGCUGCGGUGGGGUAUGUGGUCCGUGCCAGCUUGCACUGAGCUGGGGAGCCCGAGGCACCUUGCAUGCUCUCCCUGGGAAUCUUGGUCUGUUGCUCCAUGCCUCGGUUUCUGCAUCUGUGCCACACGGCUGCUGCUGACCCUUUGAGCCAUACUUGCUGCCACAGCAGUCCUGGGCCAGAGCUGCUAAGACAGGCGUGUGCAGGCAGGUGGGUGCCCUCUGAGGGGCUGUGCUUUUCACUGCCUGCACUGCUGGGAGCACAGCUCACGAGGCUCCCCACGGAUGCCUUGUGGCUAAGGGUGCCCAUGUGCUGGCAGGAGUGUGUGUGUGUUGCACCUUUCCGAAUGUGUGCGUGACAGCAGGUGAUGGCACGUGCAGGCAAACUCAGGCCCCCUGUGCGUGCAAACCUGCAUGGGUGCACACCGUGCACCAUGUCCCUACACAGCUGACUGUGCCCACACCCCCUGCCCUCUGCUGCCUCCCAGUCCCAGCCCAGUGCCAGGCCAAAGAGGGUUUCCUGCUGCCUCGUCCCAGCUAGAGGAGGUGACAUGACUGGUCCGGGCACUCGCCUUGCUGGAGACACCCAGCUGGGAAGGCUGGUUUGCCUGGUGCUGGCUCUGGCACAGUGACUCGGUGUCCAGCUGCUGGUCAGGUUUUUCACUGGUGCCCUGUGAUGCCUGAGCCCUGGCACGGUCUAUUGCUGCCAUCUUGGGGCCCUGUGCCCCAGCCCCAGCAUGGGCCGUGGCAGCCAGGGAAGCAGCAGUUUCUCCAUGGCAGGGGCUGCUUUGUACAGCAUCACACGUGGUGGCAGGCACUCGCUGCCCCAGGCCGGUGCUACACAAUCCCCAAAGCCUCAGCCCAGGCCAGGAACAGGCAUCACACACGCAGGCCAGCUCGGGCACACAGGGGAGCAGCCGGGUAAUUUUCCACUCAGGUUUCCUUCCAAGACCUGGUUAGGCUCUGCCCACGUUGUCUCACACUCUUUUUCCAGUCAGCCUUCAUUCAUCCAUGGUGGAGGCCAGCCUGCCCAGUCUUCCCUGCAGCUCUAUCCCCCCAACGUCCACCAAACCUGGAGGAUAAGGGCUGGGAUAUUCUUUUCUACUUCCCUGCGAGUAGAAGCAGAAGCUCUUUCCCUUUCCAGCCAGUGCUGCCGCAUCCCUCCCUGUGCCCAAGGGCCUGGGAAAAGGGCUGUGGGAGCAGCCUGGAAGCAACCUAGAGGUCUGGACCAUGCCCUUGGGCUGGGGAGGCACAGCUGGAGGCACGGGGUAGGGACGAGAGGUGGACACUCCUGCCCACCACGUGCCUGAAGCUGGGGCUCAGCAGGAAACGCCUCCCCGCCAUCCGUCUGGAGCCAGCCAUCCCGUUCCUGGCAGGGCUGGCUCCCCUCUUCCCUCUCCCUGGCACUCACUCAGGUUGUAAACACCCACCUGAGCCCCCAGGCAUGGGAGCAGGGUCCAUGGAGGGCAUGCGGCAUCAUAGCCCGCUGCCAGAGUCUUGCCUGCCCCUUCCCCAGCACCCUCCACCCCAGAACGAGCUGCACCAUGUGCAGCACCAGCAUUACCCUGCCCCGGUGUGGAACCCCCUGUGUCCAACCUGCCUAGUCGCUGGCCCCAGCCCUGGGGCAAGGGAGCAGGUUGGGGGACCGGGGUGAGUGGAGGAGGGAAUUCCUGCCUCCCCCUCCCACACCAGGCCCUGGUGGGGGGGACAGAGGGGGGGACCCAGCAGCCGCCGCCAGCCACGGGCACUCACUAAAGCCCUUGCCACCACUGCUAGGGCAGGGGUCCCCACGCCCAGAUGCCCACACACCACUUCAGUGUGGGUGCCAGCCUGCUCCCAUGGGAUGGCCAUGGCGCAGCAGGGGCUGUGCUACUGCCUAACCGCAGCCUUGGGGUCUGCAUGCGAAUGCAGAUGGGAUUUCCAGCCAGGACUGGUCGGUGGCAAAGAUGAGGAGGGCUUGGCAGCUGGCACAGGGUGCUGGGGUGGGCACCAUGAUGGGGUGGGUGGUGAGGCUGGAUCGGUGACAUUGGCUCAGGUUUCUGUGGUGCUUUGAUGGGCACACUUGCUAUUUUCCAUGCCUGUGCUUUUUUUCCUCCCUUUCCCAAGCUGGAAAGCAAAUGUACCGAUCGUAAAAGAGACUUGGGUGCCUGUGGUCGUGCCAGGUGCCGGAAACAAGUGCAUGUUGCAGCCCCAGCGCUGCCAUCGGUUCUGCCCCAUUACCCAGCCCCGAGGGCAGUGCCAGCAGCACCCGCUCCUGCCAGAGCCAGGGCAUGGCAGGGCUGGCUCAGUGCCUCCUCCUUUCCCUUCUUCCCAGCUGCCUCCUGCCUCUGCACCACAUGAACCACUAUCCAGAGGAGUUUGCAGCCAGGAGGCAAGGAUGACCACAUUUGUUCCUACCCAUACCAUCACUUUAUGCCUCACAUUACCAUCCCGCAGGGCAAAGGGAGGCAUGUGCAGCUGCAGUGAGUGGCUGUGCCUGCCGAGCCACCGGCUCUACACAGGGCCGUGCUGGCUCCCAGGAAAGGCAGGCUGGCGGGGGGCAGGACCGGAGCUGUGCCGCCCCAUUAAGCACCCUGGGUGAACAUAGGGUCAGAAGGCCAGAGCCACCCACAAAAUCGCCGGCAGCUCUCUGCAGUCCCAUCCUGAGCAGCUGACAUCUCUGGCCUGCAGCCAGUCCUGGCCCUGCAGCCAGUCCUGGCCCUGCCUGCCUUCAUGGUGCCAACUGGGCCUGUGGCAACCUCUGCCCAUGGCAGAAGGUCACCGCUGCAGAGGGGACAGCUGAGGGCAGGGAGCUGGCUCUGGGUGAUGCCAUCCCACUGGGGCUCCCCUUCUCCCUCCUACUCCAGCCUUGCCCUGAGAACCUGCGUGCCGCUCUGGCUGGAGGGGAAUUUGGUCCUUGGCCCAGGGCACCCAGUGUCACCAGGGCACAAGGCUUGGCAUGGGAUGUGGCUGAACGCCACCCCCCUUGCCAUGGCAAAGUGCUCCGCCAGCACCCUGCACAACCCUUGGGGUAGGCUGUGCACCGGCACAAAUCCUGCCCCUCGGCCUGCCACCAGGCUGCAGGGCAGGGUAGUGGGAACCCUGGCUGGUGUGCACAGCACCGGUAUAGUGGUACGUGCACUGAGGAGCUGUGCCAUGGCCCUGGGGCCCAGGAUGAGACUUGCAGGGGCUGCGGGAGCAUGUUGCAGGGCACCCGCACCAUCUCUGCAAAGCCGGUGCGGUGCGUGCCCCUGUGUACACCCUGUGUCCCUGUGUGUGUACGGUGUACACACAACGGGUCGUGUAUAUAUAUACACAUGCGCGCACAUGCACGUAGGGAUUACAACAAGCAUCCUGUUGUGAUGCAAAAAGCCCUGGCCCUGCAGAUGAAUAACGCUGCAAGAUGCCUCCUCAGAUAUUUUUGCUGGUGCCAAAAAUAGUCUGUCUUCCUCCCCCCGCAGUCAGCCCCUCCACUGGCUGUGCUGAGCUCACACCACGGACAGGGAGGCUGCAUCUGCAGCAAUUAGGAUUCAAACAGCAGCCACUGGCUCUGGCUGGGGGUGUAUUGGUGGGGGCUGGCAUAGGAGGAAAGCAGCCUCUGCUUGGUGCCUCCAGACCCCUUGGUGAAGCUGGAUGCUCUGGCUGUCCUCAGAGCCUCCUGACUGCACUCCCUGCCUCCAUCACCCAUGGAAAUUUCCCUGAGCAGGCAGGUAAGACACCUGGGCGUGCACAGCAGUUGCAAGCCUCCGUCACUUACCCUGCUGCGGUCAGCAGGGUGAAGCAGAGGGAGACGCAGGACUGGGAUGCAGGACACCUGGGCUCCCUGCCAGCCUACACAGCUGCCCUUGCUGCAGGAGAAGAGCCGGAGCCCUGCCUGCUCCGUGCCUCAGUUUACCCAGAGCUCAGAGCGGAGACACCAGAUGGGGUCUUUGCUCCAUACAGGAUUUGGGGAGAGUUUUUCCCCAGAGAAGGAAGCAAGGCACUGAAAUACUCUCUGAGCUCAGUGCCAAUGAAUCCCCCAAAGAGAGGGGCAUGCACUGUCUGCUGUUGCUCAGUUUCCCCAAAAUAGCACUGCCCACGAGCCCAGCACUGGCCCUGCAGGGAAGGCACAUGCCUGGGAGUCCCACAACCCUCUCAGACAGCACUCAGCACCUUUCUGGGUACAGGGACCCCAUGCACCCACAUGCUGUGGGAGUGUCCCCGUUUUACCAAGCCAGUUUUGGUGAGUGACCCCUGGCUGGGGCAGACCCACUCUCUGCCAAGUGCCUGCCCAGCUUUCUGGCCAGUGCGGUGCUGGCAGCACAGCACUCCUGGGUCUGGGGAGCGCAUCCCAUCAGCCCUGGUCCCCAGGAGCCAGGAGCAUGGGGGAGCCCUGGGGGAGCAGGCACUCCUCCAGAUGCUGCCUUGCAUUAAGUGCCCUAUUGCCCCCAUGAUGCCAGUGUGGUGCUGGCAUUGGGGGACAGGCACCCCAGCGCGCGGGGAGCACCUCUGCAGAGAGUCGCACAGCUGCGGCAUGCUGGUGGGGUGGAAGGGACAGAUGACUGCACUGGGGCACUGCCCGCAUGCUCCCCAGAAGCCCUGCGGUGCCCGGGGCCCUGCCACCACCACGGGCUCGGCAUGCCGGGAGCGUGGCCACGGGCACAGCCGCCCCUCGCGGGCCCCCUUGGCUCUCAGCUCGGCUGUACCACGCGGUGCGGCGGGGGCUGGCCGUCACGGAGCCCGGCUGCCGCCUCUCCACCCAUUUGAUGUCAGAGCCGCUCAGGUGCCGUCAGCCCCAGAGCCGGCACCGGCUCCGGCACUGCACGCCUGAGCACGGCAGUGCCCGGCGAGGCCGGACACCUGACCCUGUGCCCCAGGCCUCAGCUGGCCUGAGGUGAGGGGUGCCCACCCGGCACCCCCUGGCAACCCCCUACCCGCGGCUGGCCCUCGCCGUCUCGCUGUGCCCGCGAGGGCCAUCAUGAGGGACUCCUACACAGUGACAUUGCCCGAGGAGCCCCCCGCGCUCCCUGACCUUCACAAGGACCUGCGUCCCCGCACCUCCAUGCCAGGGUCACUGCUGGUCUCCACCUUCGUCGGGCUCGUCCUCAACAAGACCAAGAGCUCCAAGGCAGUGCAGGGGCUGACCGGCCUGCGAAACCUCGGCAAUACGUGCUUCAUGAACUCCAUCCUGCAGUGCCUGAGCAACACCAAGGAGCUGCGGGAUUACUGCCUGCAGAACCAGUACCUGCGGGACCUCAACAACAACAGCCGCAUGCGCACCGCGCUUAUGUCAGAGUUUGCAAAACUGAUUCAGCUGCUCUGGACCUCGUCCCCCAACGACAGCGUGAGCCCCUCCGAAUUCAAGACACAGAUCCAGAGAUAUGCCCCCCGCUUUGUUGGCUACAACCAGCAGGAUGCACAGGAAUUCUUGCGGUUCCUCCUUGACGGGCUGCACAGCGAGGUGAACCGUGUGCUAGUGCGGCCACGGGCCAGCACCGACACCCUGGACCACCUCCCUGAUGAUGAGAAGAGCCGCCAGAUGUGGAAGAGGUACCAGGAGAGGGAGGACAGCCGCAUUGGUGACCUCUUUGUUGGGCAGCUGAAGAGUUCACUGACCUGCAGUGAGUGUGGCUACUGCUCCACCGCCUUUGACCCCUUCUGGGACUUGUCCCUGCCUAUCCCCAAGAAAAGCUAUGGGGAGGUGACUCUCAUGGACUGCCUACGGCUCUUCACCAAAGAGGAUGUGCUGGAUGGGGACGAGAAACCGACAUGUUGUCGCUGCAAAGCCAGGACGAGGUGCACAAAGAAAUUCAGCAUCCAGAAGUUCCCUAAGAUCCUGGUGCUUCACCUGAAGCGCUUCUCAGAAGCCAGGAUACGAACAAGUAAGCUCACCACCUUCGUCAACUUCCAGCUGAAGGACCUGGAUCUCCGGGAGUUCGCCUCGCAAACCUGCAACCAUGCCAUUUACAACCUUUACGCUGUCUCCAACCACUCGGGCACCACCAUGGGGGGACACUACACUGCCUACUGCAAGAGCCCUGUCUCCGGCGAGUGGCACAGUUUCAACGACUCCCGUGUUACCCCGAUGUCAUCCAGCCACGUCCGCAGCAGUGAUGCCUACCUGCUCUUCUACGAGCUGGCCAGCCCAUCCUCCCGCAUGUAGCCAGCCCUGCCUCCCCAGGGACCCCUGUGCUACCCCUCAGAGCCAGCCCCUCCAGGUUUUGGCAUUUUGUCCCCCCCCAGGUGCAAGAGGGAGGUGAAGAGGAGAGGCCCAGAGGUGGCUGCAGCAAGAGGCUGGAGGUGGCCAAGAGCAGUCCCUGGGCAAGGACACCCCAGCUCUGAACUGAGGAGGGCAGACCGCAGCAGGGCAGUGCCCAGGCAGCUCAGGCACCUCCUGGUCACUGGCAUUUGGUUUUUACCUUGGGGUACGUUCUAGGUUGUUUUUUUUUUUGUGUGUAAUAAAAAUACUGAGCAAGGGACUCUGCAGGCAUGGGGCUGCCUUGCCCCAUUGACUCAGCCAGGACCUCUGCUUCCCUGGGUGAGGACCCAGAGCUGGGAACCCAGAAGAGCCUCCCUCAUCCCUCCUGGCCUCUUGGCACUCCUAUUCUGCUUGGCCAUCCCAGAGGAUUCAUGAACUGCACCUGGCCUCCUUCCGGCACUUCCGAACCUCCCGGCAAAGGACCCCGGCCCUUCAGUUGCCUCUGUCCCAUCUCAGGCAGCAUGUCCCCACCAGCUGCCCCAUGCACACUCCUCAAAGCAGCCUGAGUUCAGGCCCAGUCUCAUGGACAGGAGGGAGGAAAAUAUUUUGUGGAAUUUAUAUGUAUUUAUAGUGGACUUUGCUCAACCUGGAGCACCCCACCGCUUCCUGCUUCUCCAGGGACUUGUGCUGGGGGAUGCUUUGGGUAGGUUUUUACCUGCCUCCUCAUACGACGGUGCCUUAAACCAUUUAGGGGAAUGGGAGGCCAUUGGGGUGCAUAGGAACAACCAUCCUGCAGAGGAGAGGGACAGGAGGACAGUGGCUUUCUGGGACCAUCUGCGAUUGGGGCUUUCUUCUCCCUGCAAUCAGGAGCCCCCCUGGGUGCCUGGGUGUGUGUGUCCCCACACGCCCUGUUGCUCUGUCCUCCAGCUAGCAAAUGCCAGUGGCCUUUUUAGCCUUUUCUCUAACUUAUUCUCCUCCCCAUCCUGCCUUGCCUAAGGUGCAGCAGGAGGAGAGAUGGGCCCCACCCAGCACAAUCGCAGCCCCAGCCCGCAAGGCAGCUAUGUCCAACUCAGCAACCCAUCCUGCUUCGCCCUCACUGGCCCUGCGGGCACAGGAUGAGCACUCUCACGCCAUGAGCAUCCCACCCAGCCCCGGGACGUCCUGGCAGGGCUUGGGGUGGGGCAGGCCAGGAUGGGGGGCUGCCCACGGCAGGUACCGGACUGGGGCAGCGUUGCUGCUUGGCAGGUGGCUUGUUUACUGUGUAAGCAAGAUGGGCGGGAAGUGUCUCGUACAAGGGAGACUCGUGCAGGAAUAAAUUUUAGCUUGAACAGA